AACUGACACCUGCUGCUACGGUACGAGUACCAUACCUCUUGCGGUCGCUCUUCCACUCCACCCUGUUCUUCCCGCCACCACCCGGAACGAGACGAGCCAUGGCAUCGCCUUCGUACACCACCAACAACCUCGAAUGGGCCCUGCGCGUCUGCGAGUCCGUCGCCUUUGGCAUCCACGGCCUCCUGGGGCUGACGGAACCCUGGACGGGGUGCCUCCGGACCGCCUUUGGGGACGAGCACCGCGCGGUGCCGGUCUGGUUCUGGCCCGCCGCCGGGGCGAUGCUGUGGACGGUCGCCGCCUGCAACUUUUCGCCGAGCGGGGCCGUCGUCCUGGCGGCACAGGCCUACAUCGCGGCCUUUCACACCGGCGCCUACUUUUACCAUUCCGCGCUCGGGCACCACCCCGCCGCGGGCCUCGUGCCCACCCUCUUUGCGGUCCUGGCCACGGUCGUUGUUGGGAUCCGGACGGGGUCCUUUGGGCUGGCCCUCCUGGGGUUGGUGGCCUGCACCGGGAUUGCCUACCUCCUGAGCAAGGUCCUGGUYAYGCCGCCCCCGUCUCUUCGGGACGACGACGGUUCGGGGCUCCGRUGGAACCUGAUGGAGGACGAGAGGGCUGCCACCACCACCAACCGGUCGUACCAGGCAUCGUAAGACGAUCGAACUGCCGCCGUCUUUCGUCGAGAAAACGGGAAGGGACGAACCGAUCAAUGUAAAUAUGUAUGUAUGUGUGUGUACAUGAAUGGGCAUAUGUAUGUAUGUUUGUAUGUAUGUGUUUGAAGGAACGUGUGCAAGUCCAGACAGUCAGUGACAGCUAUUCCUCGACUCGAUGCAAUUCUCCGUGCUACCAACCACUGGUGGAUGAUUCGUAGAAGGAUUGAGGCGUGCUAUUGGAAUGUCGAUACCUGUUCAAAGUGGCUAGUACCGCCGCCUCACGAAUGGUUGCGAUGCCAUGACAUGCCAAAUGAAACGAAACGAAACACGAAACGAAGGAAACGAAACGAAACGAGCACRCACUUCCUGGUUUUGGAGACAAGAUGCUGUUGCUGCAGGCAAUGCACGACUGUAACUACAAGUUUCACCGGGAGUGAGCCAUGGGUACUUACUGCCUGUUAGCUGUGAUUGCAAACCGUGCUUCUCUUUGUCGGACAAGCUUGUGAACAUAACGUUGCUAGUAGCACGAUCGUCUAUACUGUACU